AUGUUGGACUCGCUGAUAUGGCUGGGUCUCGCCUGCCUCGUCUGGUUCUUGGUCUACCAGGUAUUCUUCAGCCCUCUGGCACCGUAUCCCGGUCCACUGCUCGCCAAGAUCUCGCCGUUGUACAACGUCUACCACGCGUGGAAGAAAGACAUCCACCAAGACCUUCAGCGCUUGCAUGAGCGCCACGGUCAGUGGUUUCCAGGCAACGACGACGUCUCAAACUGA